AUGGGUGAUGAGCUAGUGUUUGACCCGCACGGCGGGAUGGCCGCCUCUCAUUUGCCGUCAUUGGAAGAUGACACGAUCAAGCUCUCCUUGAUUAACGGCCUGAUCAACAACCUCUCCUCUGAAGAGCUGUCAGCUGAACUGGCCCGUCUGCAUCUGCAUGACUCGGGCAACAAGCGCGUCAAAACUCGUCGAUUGAAGCAACAUGUCAAAGAAAUUCGCACUCGGGCUCAGCGCGGGGCCAGUACUGCUCGUGAUGACCACGCUGCCUCCGACAGCUCCGCUCGUCAACCGUUUGAGUUGGUGUGUGUGAUGGAUUUUGAGGCCACUUGCGAAGAAGAGCGAUCCCCCUUUCCUCAUGAGAUCAUCGAAAUACCGGCCAUACUGCUUGAUGCCAAGAGUGGGGAACUGCUCGACACGUUUCAGACCUAUGUCCGACCCAAGCUCAAUCCCCAGCUUUCCAAGUUUUGCACCAAUCUCACCGGCAUCACGCAGGACCAGGUUGAUGCGGCCAAGCUGUUCCCAGAGGCUUGGCAAGACUUUGAAGAUUUUUUGGGAAAGGCUGUGCAAAAGUUCAAGGCUUCGCACGACGUGGACGACGUCCGGGUGUUGUGCGCAUCAGAUGGACCAUGGGAUUUUCGUGACUUCCUGGCCUUUCAAUGUCAGCUCAGCCAGAUGGACUAUCCAGCUGUAUGCCAACAAUGGAUGGACGUGCGAAAACGACUGACGAAGCAUUUCAAGCUCAAAUGGGCUGGACCUGAACGUGCAGCCUACGCCACGGGUCUUGAUUUCAUGCUACAGGCCGUGGGGCUGACUUUUGAGGGUCGCCCUCAUUCCGGCAUUGAUGACUCGCGGAACAUUGCCCGCCUGGUUCAAGUGCUGAUAGAUGAAGGCGCUCAGUUGAGUGUCACUCAUGAUUACAACCUUUCCAACUGCCAGAUCGAUCUAAACCUUGCCAAGGCGUAA